AUGCCGAGGUUAAGAGAAAGUCGGUCCUGGGAACUAUUAAAAGAAUACAUCUUUAGAAAUAUUUUAUUAAGGUACGAUAAAACUCAAACAUUAGCAAAUCGUCAAACAAUGGUGCAUCUUUUCGAGUGGAAAUGGACAGACAUAGCUGCCGAAUGCGAGAACUUCUUACAGUACUAUGAAUAUGGAGCUGUACAGAUAUCGCCACCCAAUGAGCACAUUGUCUUUGCGCAAAACAACGACGUGCCUUGGUGGGUCAGGUAUCAACCGGUUAACUAUAAGCUAGAAUCGCGUAGUGGAAAUGAAGCUCAUUUUAAGGAUAUGGUGGAUCGAUGCAACAAAGUGGGUCUGCGAAAUAUCACGAAGAAAACAACAACAGAUACAAUGCUUUUCUUUUCGUCCUUUCCUUUUUCUGUCCAUUCAUCACUUAUCACUUCAUUUAUAACUACGUACUCUAAAACAAAAAUCAUUGUUUUUUCUUCAUCUGACUGUUUCGCCCCAGUCACCUACAAAAAUCCCGAUCAAUACAAACUGGCAGUGUCGUUUAUGUUGGCAUGGCCGUAUGGUUAUCAAAGAGUGAUGAGCAACUACAAUUUCACCCAGCACAAUCAAGGGCCACCAAAUUUGGGAGCUGUACAUGGAUAUGCGACGACGUCACCGUCGUUUAAAAGCCAUGAUCAGACUUGUAACCAAACAUCUGGAUGGGUGUGUAAACAUCGUUGGCCGACUAUAAGGGAGAUGGCGAAAUUCCGUUCAGCCGGACAGGGAACGGUAGCCGCAGAGAUAAGAAAACCUGUUGUCACUGAUAGUCAACGAAUCACCUUCGCCAGAUUAAAGAGAGGAUUUUUUGCACUUAAUGGAAGCAAAGAAGUUUGGCGCAAAAUCUUCUCUACGAUGAUGCCACCCGGUGAUUACUGUGACCAGUACGCGGGAAAUUUGGUGAAGGGGAAAUGCACCGAUGAGACGAUUACUGUAGACGGAGAUGGUGCGUUAAGUAUAUCUUUAACUUUUUUUUUUCUCACUCAAAGGAUACCAAAAAUCUUUGCCAAUAAUACGCUGGUGUUUAUCAAAAAGGACACCUAUCAAGGUCAAAACCUCUUUAUUCGAGGAGGGACAAGUCAUGCAAAUCAUAACGUGUGCUCUACUGGGUUGUAUCAACAAGGUAGCGACAAAUGUGCUAUUCCCAUAAUCCAUAACACUACCGUACCAUUUGUUUACGCUGGGUAUUUAUCAUGGAGCCAAAACGAUCAAUUUCUUGACUUUGAAGGUGCCGAGAAGCAACAAGGAACACAUAACGGUGAGGUGGCGCUUGGUACACCAUUGGUGUACACAUCGAACAAAUCGACAGAUGUUGAAUAUCAACCGUAUAACAAAUACGGUAGCGGAUACUGGAUGGUGCAAUUACUCGUCGAUUGUUCAAAAACCGAUCAGGGUUCGUUUGAACUCAAAGGUUACACCGUGCCGGACGUCGGCUGGGAACAGAACACCAGUCAGCAGGCCUGCAGCGGUGGUGUUGGCGGUUCAGCACCAUACCAAUCCGCUAAGUGUGGUGCUGUGAAUGUGUUCAAUUGGGGUGCCGGUGAUUGUAUAAUUGACUUCGCAUGA